AUGGCGUAUGCAGCUACGGUAUAUUGGAGAACUGAAAAUCAAAAUGGGACUUAUGACGUCAGCUUAGUAGCAGCAAAAGUAAGAGUCGCUCCGUUGAAGCCGGUGUCAAUCCCGAGACUCGAGCUGCAAGCGGCCCUCCUAGGAAGCAGAUUGGCACACUCGGUCGAGGAAGAAAUGGAUCUGAAAAUAGAAAAGAAGACGUUUUGGACAGACUCCAGUAUCGUGCUAUCAUGGAUCAAGACGGACCCGAGAACCUUCAAGACAUUCGUGGCUCAUCGCUUGGCGGAGAUAGAAGAUCUCACAAAACCACAGGACUGGAGAUGGGUACCGACGGCGCAGAACCCUGCAGAUGAUGCAACACGUGACGUACCAGAACACUUCGACUGCCAACACCGAUGGUACACCGGACCAGGGUUUCUAAGAAGAGAUGAAGUUCACUGGCCUGCGGCAAGAACAUUCAAGAAAGAAACCACUGGCGAAGAAAAGGCAGCGGACAUCGUAGCGACUGCAGGCAGCUCCUAUCCAUCACCAGAUCCCGAAAAGUUCUCGUCGUGGAAAAGACUUUGGCGAGCUACAGCAAGAGUACUGCAGUUCAUACAACUCUGCAGAAGAAAGGAAAAGGUCCACGCCAGCAAAGAAGAUCCUACCUGGAAAACUACAAAAAGGAAUAAGAAAAUUGUUGAGAAGCGACAUCUGUCUUCAAAAACGUCAGAAAGGAAAUACAUACCAUUGGAAACAAGUCUACUAGAGCAAGCUGAAACGCUGUUGUUAAGAAGAAGUCAAGAGAAAUGCUUCAAAGAGGACAUCAGGUGCCUACAGCAAGGAAAACAAUUAGAGGGCAGCAGCAAGUUGAAAAGGCUCGACGUAGUGCUAGAAGAAGGUCUCCUGCGACUGAAAGGAAGAAUCGACGCGAUACGAGGGGUUACCAGAGACUACAAACGACCCAUCGUACUCGACAGCAAGGACAAGACAACACUUCUCAUCAUAGAAGAAUUUCACUGCCGCUUCAAUCACGGGAAUCACGCGACCGUAAUGAACGAAGUAAGACAACGCUUCUGGGUGCUAGGACUGAGGUCAGCGAUCAAGACCAUUCAACAUCAAUGCCAGUGGUGCAAAACAAGAAAGGCAAGACCUCAAGAACUACCAGUGGGCAACUUACCUGCUGAGAGGCUGAUGCACGGAAACCCUCCAUUUACGUGCACGGGAAUAGAUUACUUCGGCCCUAUGACGAUCACCGUAGCAAGACGCCAUGAGAAGAGAUGGGGUGCUCUAUUCACAUGCUUAACAACACGAGCUGUACACAUUGAGCUCACUCCUUCACUCUCCACUGACAGCAUGAUCAUGGCACUACGACGAUUCGCCGCGAGAAGGGGAAUGCCAAAGAUAAUCUACACCGACAAUGGCACUAACUUCGUUGGCGCCAACAAAGAACUCAAAGAAGCACUAGACACCAUGAAGCAAGAAGACCUUAUUUCGGAAGCGGAGAAGAUCGGCGUGCAGUGGAAGUUCAUACCUCCUGGUGCACCAAACAUGGGAGGUGCAUGGGAGCGUCUGGUGCGAUCCAUUAAAACCGCACUGGACGCCACGCUCAACGAAAGGCAACCACGAGAGGAGGUACUUCAUACCCUCCUGUUAGAGGCCGAGCACAUAGUCAACUCUCGGCCCCUCACCCACCUCUCCGAGAACCCUGAAGAAGAAGCACUUACACCGAACCACUUUCUCAUCGGGCGAUCAUGUGGCGCAGCAAGAAUCGGCAGCUUCGAGGACAACGAGCUUGUGGGCAGAAACACCUGGAAGGCUACGCAGCGACUUGCCGAUCACUUCUGGCAACGUUGGCUGAGAGAGUAUUUGCCCACUCUACUACCAAGGAAGACCAAAGGAAGAGUCAGCGCCACAGAUUUGCAAGUCGGAGACAUCGUACUGAUCGUCGAUCACAGCCUACCAAGAUGCAUCUGGCCACGCGGAAGAAUCCUGCAUGUGUAUCCUGGACCAGACGGGCGGACCAGAGUCGUCGACGUCGAGACCAGAGGAGGUGUUCUACGGAGGCCCAGUUCGAGAGUGGUGCUGUUGGUGCCGGGAGCGUCGCCGAGUCCAGGAGUUGGUGCAAAGCACGAGGGGGAGAAUGUCGGCGACGGAAAACUUAUCUUCGAG